GGUUAGGCUAGGGGUGGAGGACUUACAUUGUUGCGCUCAUGCCCAAACCUGACGUCAACUCCUCUAAACCGCUUACAGUAUUCCUUCAUCUUCUCCAAUUGUCUCAGAUAGCAAUUUUCAACCUUGGGACUGACACAGUUAUAAAAACAUAUACUACGUACUCCGUAAUACGGAGUAUGUUAUUAACAUGUUCACUCCUCUUUGACCUUUCUGCUAUAAUUUUUUUCCUUCUUUGUGUCUUAGAUUCGUGAAGUAGACGAAUGCUUAUGUGGUACUUGAUACUUCAUUCGACGGCCGCCUCACCUCACGGCGAAGUUUCUCUCUGUUUUUACAACAUCAAAUCGAAUGUUAAGACGUGUACCUUUUAUCCUCCAACCAAACUCCCACAUUUCCCUCCACUCUGAAGAUGUUUACACUUUACAGUCGAAUAUUAGACAAAUUCCCAGAUAUCAAGACACUAGGACAAAUUCAUUCCAGGAUCAUCUUUGACCCAACCCUAUGCCCAAACACGUCCAUCCACAUCAAAUUGAUGCGAGCAUAUGCUGCUUGUGGCCAGACUACUACCGCAAGGCAGCUGUUUGACAAAAUCUCCAUUAAAAAUGUCGUGGUUUACAAUGUCAUGAUCAGAAGCUAUGUCAACAACCGAUUUUAUCAAGAUGCUAUUUUUCUGUUCAAAAGCAUGCAUAUGGAUGGUAUUCAGCCUGACCGUUAUACCCUUCCGUGCAUUCUGAAAGCCUGUUCAGUUUCUGAGAAUGUGUGGUUUGGGGUGCAAGUUCACGGACCAAUUGUAAAGAAUGGCCUUGAUUCGAAUUUAUACACAGGGAAUGGUUUGGUGGCCAUGUAUGGGAAGUGUGGGUUUUUGGCUGAGGCUAGGCGGGUUCUUGAUGAAAUGCCUCAAAGGGAUGUUGUUUCUUGGAACUCAAUGGUCGUAGGAUAUGCUCAAAAUGGAAGCUUUGAUGAUGCAUUAGAGGUUUGCAAGGAAAUGAACUUAUUGGGUCUGAAACCUGAUGCUGGGACAAUGGCUAGCCUUUUGCCAGCUGUAACCAAUACAUGUAUGGAAAAUGUUGCAUUUGUGAGGAACUUGUUUCUGGAUAUGGACAAAACAGAUUUGGUCUCCUGGAAUGUGAUGAUGGCUGUAUAUGUCAAGAACUCGAUGCCUAAAGAGGCCGUCGAAACAUACUUACAAAUGGAGGCUUCUCCUGUAGAGCCUGAUGCAAUCUCUUUUGCUACAGUUCUUCCUUCUUGCGGCGACCUUUCUGCUGUAUUGUUAGGAAAGAGAAUUCAUGAGAAGGUCAAGAUGAAUGGACUUCACCCUAAUUUAUCUCUUGAAAAUGCUCUGAUUGAUAUGUAUGCUAGGUGUGGGUGUUUACGUGAAGCAAGGGAAGUUUUUGAUGUCAUGGAGUUUCGAGAUGUUGUGUCAUGGACUUCCUUGAUCAAUGCUUACGGUAUGAGUGGACAUGGUCAAGAUGCGGUUUAUUUGUUUUCGAGAAUGCUUGAAUGUGGUCCCAAACCGGAUUCCAUUGCUUUUGUCUCUAUCCUUUCAGCAUGCAGUCAUGCAGGACUCUUAGAAGCAGGAGAAUAUUACUACAAUCUAAUGACAGAGGAGUAUAUGAUUGUUCCAAGGUUAGAACAUUAUGCUUGCAUGGUGGAUCUGAGGGCAAGAGCUGGGCAAAUAGAUAAGGCGUACUCUUUUAUCAAGAAGAUGCCGAUGGAUGUUAGUGAGAGGAUAUGGGGUUCCCUUUUGAAUGCUUGUCGUAUAUAUAAUGACAUGGAUAUAGGGGUUAUAGCUGCAGAUAAUCUUUUCCAGCUGGCACCUAGGCAGUCUGGUUAUUACGUCUUGUUAUCAAAUAUCUAUGCAAGGGCUGGAAGAUGGCAAGAUGUGACUAAAACUCGGACAAUCAUGAAUGAAAGGGGUAUCAAGAAAAUUCCCGGUCUUAGCUACGUUGAGCUCAAUAACCAAGUGCACACAUUUCUUGCUGGUGACAGGUGGCAUUCUCAAUCAGGGAAGAUUUAUGAAGAGUUAGAUGCAUUGAUUGGGAAGAUAAAGGAAGCGGGGUAUGUCCCAGUAACUGGUGGUGCUCUGCAUGAUGUUGAGGAGGAAGACAAAGAAAAUCAUUUGGUUGUUCAUAGUGAGAAACUGGCAAUUGCCUUUGCAAUGAUGAACACUGAUCCGGGGACCACAAUCAGGAUCACAAAGAACCUACGUGUGUGUGGUGAUUGCCACAUUGCUGUUAAAGUCAUAUCCAAGAUCACCAAACGUCUCAUUGUUGUCAGGGAUACUAGGCACUAUCAUCAUUUUCAAAAUGGAGUUUGCUCGUGUGGUGAUUAUUGGUGAACCCAUCAUUAGCCAGACUCAUCAAGAUGACUCUUAUGAUGUCAAAUUCAUUUAAUGACACUCACACAAUGUGUUGGAGGCCCUUGCUAUAUUCCCGAAAAGCUUGGCUCUGAAUUUGCAAAGGUUACUUCCCACCAAUAACUUUAGACAGCUGCUGUUAUCUUUUGACAUAAUUGAGAAUUGACUUUGAAUUGGCAUGCUUCUUAUGAGAAAUAGCUACUCAAGUAACACUAUGGAUGACAUUAAAGUUCAGAAAGUGAACGAACUUCAAGUUUCAUCUUUCCCUGUAAGAUCAGAUAUUCCCCCCUCCCAAUUAACCCCUGUGAAAGGAUUUGGAUUUUCUUUUUGCAUUGUACGCUAAAUAAUCUCUAUUUCAGUACAUUUUCGAAGCGUCAUCAUUUCAUUUGUUCCGUAUAUGGUUCCCAUUUGUAAUGUAAAUUUUUACACUAGAAUAGUUUUGAAUCUGAAUCUCCGUUAGGCCUUAGCGGAUAUAAUAUGUUGUAUCUACUCUUUGGGGCUCAAUGUAGCCGUGAUUAUUGUGCUUGUUUGUUCUAUGAUGUAUCUAUCCUAUAUUUUGGAAACUUCCUUCUUCAUAAGUAAAAAAUUAUAGGAUGGUAGCCCUUUGCUAGAGUUGAAACCUGAAAAAUUUGCCAUAAUAUUAGUGGCUGAGCGGGAGAAAGGUUGGAUGGUAUAUCAUGCAGGGAAUUUCAAAUUUUAAAAUGAUAAUGGUUACACUGUAUGGCUCCUUGCUUUUGAUCAGUGGCAUUUGCAGUUUCUGCCAUCGUUUAAUUUUCAUUCUAGCAAAAUGAGUGUGCUGUCUAGUAUUUCAUUUGUCCCAUUUUACUUUCUUAAUUUCCAUUACGUUCUCCCUUAGUUAAUUUCAGAUUUCAUAGCUAGAAGAACACUAACUUUGACAUUUUCUAAAUUCAGCAUUUGAUCUCUUUUUCUCUGAUUUUUUAAAUGAUUAACACUGUUUGACCCAUUUGAUGGAUUUUUAUGGAACAUAAUUAUAGUGAAUGUGCCGUACAAUUUGGGAUGUAGUCCGGAGAGAGUAUCUUUAUCCUACAUGGUUUUUGUUGUAUCUGAUUAACAUCAUUUUUAACUUUUUAAAAAUCAGUAUUAUGAGAAGUUCUGCAACUGACUGGUGCUUGGUUUUCGUGUACCAGAUGUUCAAACUUUUUAAUGUCAAUGCUCAAAUUAUAUUUAGAAGUUUAAUGAGUUGUAAGAAAAUAAUAUAAAUGAUAUUAGUCUAGUGGGAUAGGAAAUGCAGAACCUAUUUAUUUAUUUAUUUAUUAUUAUUAUUAUUAUUCCUUAACAAAAAUGAUGCUGCCAGUGAAUCAUUCCGAGAGCCUUCCCUUUAGCUGGGCCUGAAAUGCAGCCCCAGAUAGAGCAUCUAUCUAUCUUGUCCUCAAUUACCAAGGUAAUCUCAGUCAUAUGAAGAGCCGAUUGAAGUGUUUCUUCUUGUCAUGCAGGCCGGCUUGGUGGAGGUCAAGGGAGGGACAGAGCUUUUGCUGACGACAGAGAAGAGAAAUUGAGAAGAGCAAUAGGCAUAUAUGCAUGCCGCAGACUCUCAAGUGGUUCUUUAAAACUUAAAAAAUGCCUUGAAAGCUUCAUGUUUUGUACAACCGGAGAUGGAUGAUGCUCUUUACCUGUUUCUUGAAACGAAGAACCCCAUCACAAUGCAAGGGGAUAUUGGAGUUGCUAAAAGUGUUGAUAAAGGAGUGACAUGGGAGCAGUUGGGCAUUGCAUUGGAUGAGGAUUGGCAUCUCUCAUAUCCAUAUGUCUUUGAAUACAAUGGGAAUAUAUAUAUGUUGCCCAAGGGUGGUGAUAAGGGAGAACUUAAUCUGUACCGAGCUGUAGAUUAUCCCACAAAGCGAGUGCGGGAGAAGGUACUAAUGAAAAAGCCCAUUAUAGAUCCUUCUAUAAUCUCACAUGACGGGAAACACUGGCUGUUUGGUCCAGAUCAUAGUGGCAUUGGGGCCCAAAGUAACGGACAACUAGAGAUGUGGUAUAGUUCUCCCCUCUUGGCCCUUGGAGGCCCCACACAAAGAACCCCAUUUACAAGACAGACCCAAAUGUGCUUUUCUUGCGAGGAUGUGCUUUUGAACUACUUGUAUGCACGGGGUAGAACCAGGGCACUAGGACAGACAGAGCCGGUACAAAGAAUAUUUUUGAAAAAAAUUGCACGGAACAUGAGCUCUUCUUCUUCGAGCACAGUUGAGUAUGUGAAACCAGUGUGGGCUGUUGACAUGUCAAAGUUUACAGGUGUUGCAAUUAGUGGUAACACACAAGCUCACUGUCAUGUUCGGAGCAAAUGACUUCGGAAGUUCUCUGAGAUUUACGUGAGCAUAAUGAACCAAACAUCCGAAUUUGGCAGUCGGAAGGAUGGCUGGGAUGUAUAGCGUGUACAUAAAUUUGUUACUAAUUUCUUGUUUGUUUAUUUUUUUUAUAGUGGGUUAAGUUUUUUUGGGUGUCAGAAAUUAUGCUUUAGCCUCUUUGUAGACUGUCACUUGUGAUAUUUUUGUACAUGGAUGAGUUUAGUUCGAUCAUGUUUAUCUCCAACGCGAAAUGCAUACUUGUUCUUCAAACAUUUGCUGUGGACUGUGGUAUUGU